GCUUUUUAAUUAUUUUUUUGUAUAGUCUUGUCAACGCUUUCUGUAAUUGUAUGCACAUAUUUUAGAUCCCAAAAUUCCUCCUCUUCUUUGUCAUAUUUCCAAUUUUUCUACGCACUUUUUCGUUUUACUAGACAUUUUCUUGAAAUUGCUUUCAGUGUCUUCUUCUAUUCUUCCACCCAUUUCCUCAAAACGUCUUCUUUAAGCUUCAUUCAUUGUAAUAAAUGUCCAUUUUUUCGUGUGGGUCAUGAAAAGUUCGUUUUCCUAAUCAACUUUUCUUCUUACGAGAUAUUUUACCUUUUCUUGCUUAGCCUUUUUCUUUAUAGCCUCUAUUUUUAGGUCCUCUUGUUGAUUGAAGUUCAUUUUUUGAAAAAAGGUCAAGCUUUUUUGAGUGAGGUAUGGAUGCUGAUCAAGAUGGGUAUGCUGAAUUUGCAGAGGGCAGGGAGACAAGGUACUAUAGUGCCACUACUGGAAUUGGUCUUGGCAAACAGAAUGUGGGCGAGCCUGAAAUGGGUUUUCAAGACAAAGUUAGAGAGUUCUUGAAGGGGGCAGCUGAAAUGAGUGUGCAAUUCGCUAAGGGGUGCAGGGAUGUUGUGGUGCAGAGUUUAGGAAGGGAAGAUUCCUUUAUUGUGCGGAAUUUUGGGAGAAGUUCUUAUAUAGGGAAGAAAGUUAGGUGUGGCUGUGAGAGGAUUUGUCAGAAAUUGAAGGUUUUCAAUGAGUACUUGCCUGAGGAUAAGGAUCCAGUGCAUGCUUGGUCAGUGAUAUGCAUCGUGUCUGUUCUUGCUUUUGCAGAUGGUAGAUACAUGGCAUAUAGGGAGCAAGGUGUUCCAGCUGACAGAGCUAGAUUUUCAAUGAUAGCUCCACAUACUUUUCUUUCCUCUCGACUUGCAGGAAUACCUGGACUUAAGACUUCACUCCUGGAAGAGUUUGGCGUCUACUUGUUAACAUAUGAUCUUCCUGGUUUUGGAGAGAGUGAUCCUCACCCAAACAGAAACCUCGAGUCAUCGGCGUUGGAUAUGUUAUUCCUAGUAAAUGUUCUGGGUGUUAAGGACAAGUUCUGGUUGGUUGGAUACUCAAGUGGGAGCCUUCAUGCUUGGGCAGCACUUAGAUACAUUCCUGAUAAACUUGCAGGUGCUGUUAUGUUUGCUCCUAUGGUUAACCCAUAUGAUUCAUUGAUGACCAAGGGUGAGAGGCGUGGAAUCUGGGAGAAGUGGACACGGAAAAGAAAAUUUAUGUAUUUCUUAGCACGGAGGUUUCCUAGAUUUCUUUCCUACUUCUACCAUCAGAGCUUCCUGUCUGGAAAGCACGAUCAGAUAGACACAUGGCUCUCACUGUCAUUAGGAAAGAGAGAUAAAGCUUUGAUAGAGGAUCCAAUCUAUGAAGAAUUCUGGCAAAGGGAUGUAGAGGAGUCGAUCCGACAGGGAAAUGCAAAACCGUUCAUGGAGGAAGCUGUUCUGCAAGUUUCAAAUUGGGGUUUCAGCCUUGCAGACAUCAAGUUGCAGAAGAAAAAGCCAGAGAAAGGUGUCCUCAAUUGGCUCAAAUUUGUGCUUACUAGAUCUGAAGAGUACACAGGUUUCCUUGGCCCCAUACAUGUAUGGCAGGGGAUGGAUGAUAAGGUCGUUCCACCACUAACGACUGAUUUUGUACACCGGAUUCUCCCAGGGGCUGCAGUGCAUAAGCUCCCAUACGAGGGCCAUUUCACAUAUUUCUAUUUUUGCGAUGAAUGCCAUAGGCAGAUAUUCAGCACACUUUUUGGGACCCCACAAGGCCCGAUAAACAAUACCAUAGAAGUAGAUCAAACUCCAUAUGAAGAUAGUGUGAAGGUGCAGGAAGUGGAUCAGACAGAGGAUAAGGUAGAUCAAAUUCCAUAUGAAGAUAGUGUGAAGGUGCAGGAGGUGGAUCAGACAGAAAAACAGGUAGAUCAAAACUCCAUUAGCAGAUGAUAUUAAAGAGCAAGCAGAAACACAUACCAAAGACUAAGAUAAGGCUUGGUAAUUAUAAUUUAGAAGUUACAAUUUACCAAUGUAUAUAGCACAGGUUUACUCUAUUACUCUUGGGGUGAAGGUUUAGAAACCCACAUCAUUCUUUUUGUUAUGGCUUUUUAAUCAUCGUGGAAGUUGAUGGUAGGGAAUUGGGUAUUGCUGGGAAGGUUUUGAGAUACUGCCUGGAUGGCAAAAUAUACAUCAAAGUUAAGUUGUUCUGAACUUCUAACUACACAAUUUGUUUAUGCUCGAGUCAGCUUGAAAACUGCAUAUUUUAUAGAUAAAAAUUCUCUUUUCAAUGAAUUCUUUUUACUUCA